GGCCGUGGGAGGGGGCGCCGGGCCCGCACCCCCCGCCCCGAGUGGGGGUCCCGCAGUGGCCGCGCCGCGGGGCGCGGGCGGGGCCGGGCGACGGGACUUGUGGGGUUUAGASACCCCGCGGGGAACGGGAGGGGAAGGGGAAGGGAGAGGGGAUUCCCCCACCGCCCCCCGCGGGGGGAGUUGGGGGGAGUGCGGGGGGCGCGGCGGGAGCGCGGCAGCGGGAGCGCGGCCGGGGAGAAGCGGAGAGGAGCGGAACGAGCCGGCGGCAUCCCCGGUCCCGGUGAGCGCCGCGGGCGGGAAGGGAGGGACGGGGGUGUGACUGUGCCCCGCGGCCGGGUGUGCGCGGAGCCAGGGAAACGCGCGGGUGCGAGCGUGUGCGGGAGCGUCAUCCACAGGGAUCUGCGGAGCGCGAGGGUGCGAGCCUGUGCGGAAACAUCAUCCACAGCAGCUUGCGGGAGCGUGCGGGUGCAAGAACAUCAUCCACAGGGGCGCGCGGAAGCGUCCGUGUGCGGAUCAUCAGCCACAGUGGCGUGCGGGAGCGUGCGUGUGCGGGAGCAUCAUCCACAAGGGUGGGGGGAGCGCGUUUAUGCAACGCGCGGGCUGCUGCGCGUGCGGUGACACACGGGUGCGGUGACACACGCGUGCGCGACCCCAGCACGCGCGCAAGCGGGACACGUCGGUGCGCGGUCCCCCGCCGGCGGCCGGGCGCGGCUGAGCGGCGGGGCUCUCCCUCCCUYCCUGCGGCAGGUGCGGGAUGCGGCGGAGCGCGGCGGCGUGCUGGGCGCUGGUGCUGCUGGCCGCCACCUUCUGCGACACGGUGGCCGGCAAGGGUGGGCGCGGCGGUGCCCGGGGGGCGGGUGUGGCGGCGGGGGCGGCCCUGCGCCGGGCCCGGCUGUCCGGAGAGCUGCAGGUGGGAGACGGCGUCGAGUACCGCGACGGCAACUGGACGGGAGCCGCCAGCGCCUGGACCUCCGCCGCACCGGCCGGGACCCCGCCGGGAAGAGCGCUGCCCUGGCUCUGCCCGCUGGCCGCCCUGCUCCGCCGCUGACGGAUUUCGGGGGACCUGACUGUGCC